GGUCCUUGAGGCCCAGCAGCAGCACUUCUUCCAUGAGCGUGAGGCGCGUUUCCUUGGAGUCGCCCUUCUCGUCGUCGCCCUGCUCGUCUCGCCGGCCUUCCUCCUCCGGGCCGCCGCCGCCGCCACCCCCGGCCGCCCGCUCUUUGUCGGCCGCGGCGGCGCUGCGAGAGGCCUCGGUACGGCGCUGUACUAGGCCAGAGUUUCGCUGGGUCAGGGAAGUCAUGGCGGCGGCGGCGGCGGCAGCGGCAGCAGGGAACGAGGGACCCCGGGCGGGCCCUGCUGGAAGGCUGGGAGAGAGCCGAAGCUGCCGCGGCUUCUCUCCGUGUCCCCCUCUCCCGGCAGGAGCUGAGGCGGCCGGAGGCUAUCAGGGAGGGGAAAGGAAAGAAAGGGAAGGGAGGGGGAAAUGGAGAUGGGCCGAGCCGGCUCCCCCUACGGCAGCGGCAGUGGAGGCGGCGGAGGCGGCAGCGGCAAAGGCAGCUUCUCCUCCAAUAUGGCGACGCAGGCUGGCUCGGCUGACGCGCCAGCUGCAAUAGCAGCGACAGCAGAGGAUGUGGCAGGAGGCGGAGGAGGAAGACUGUGGAGGUGCCGGAAAAAGAAAGACGGAGGAAAAGUAAGUCAGGCAGUCGCCGGCUCAGAGGAAGGACGCAGGGAGGAGGCUGUGGUAAACUCUGACCUCCCACCUCCCCGGAAGGGAGAAUCAAGGAAGAAUGUACCAUUGAAAUCAAUGGCUCAGUUCUGUUCUUUGGCUGGACUGUGCUCCAAGUAUUCCAUGGGGUGAAGUUCUUGAACCUUUGCCUGAAAUCAAGUUGGACCAACAUUCUCAUGUGUGACCUAUUUUGAAGCAUCUGCAAUACCUGCCAAUUUGUUUCUUCGCCCAAUUCAAAGUGCUGUCUCUUACCUUUAAUGUUCUAUACAUCUUCGAUCUCAAUUGUUAACUGUCUGAAAAGGCCCUACUCAGAGUUACCAAUCUAACCUCCAUAUAGAUAGAUCUCCACUAACAGCUCCAAUGCUCUGGAACUCUUCCAAGAGAAAUCCCUAUAGCCCCUUAUGUUCUAUUUCUAGAAGUUUUCAAACUGUUGCAGAUUCUCUGUCUUUACUAGCCAACUGUUAGAUUUGCUGACCAGCUACUGCUAACACCAUAAUCAGCGUUUAACUUUUUAAAAUUCUCUUUUAUCAUUUGAUUUAACUCUGAGUUUGCUUAUAAUUGGCAACUUUGUCUUUAGUUGUAAACCCCUGCACUGUUAAGAGUAGAAUAAUCAAACUUAGGAACUGGAUUUUUUCUAUCCCAUUCUCCUUGUACAUUGUUUUGCUAUAUUUACUCUUCCCUCAGAUUGGUGACCAAAUGCUCUGCCCCUUUCAGGUGACCAUUUAUAAAU